GGGUCGCGCCGGAGAGUUCUAGGAGUGCCCGCCAGCGCUCAGUGCGCAGGCGUCGGGCGCGCGCUGCUGGGGCGGUUCAGAGCCGAUACCGCGAAUACUGAGUGGUUCCGAUCGGGAGAAGGUUAAGUUUAAAUAUAUUUGGCAAGAAUACAGUGGAUGGUGGUGUGUUCUUCCUAUUAUAUCACAUCAAGAAAAUAAUCUUAUCUGUGAAAGAAGCCCAAAGGAAGAGGAAAGAAGAAGGAAUGGCUCUUUUCCAGGGAUGGUUGACAUUCAAGGAUGUGUUCAUAGAAUUCUCUCAGGAGGAGUGGGAAUGCCUGGACCCUGCUCAGAGGGCCUUGUACAGGGACGUAAUGUCAGAGAACUACAAGAACCUGCUCUCCCUGGGUGAUGGUAACUUCCCUCCAGAAAUCGGAAACCUUUCUGUUGGAGGUGCAGUCAAGGAAUUUUCAUCAAGAUGGGACAUUAAUAAAGAUGAAUUAUACCACCUAGUGAUAGUGGAAAGAAAUGAUAGCCAUGGCAUCAAGGAUUUUGUCCUCAAGGAAGUCUGGAAAAAUAUGCAUGAGUUUGAGAGUGAAUGGGGAUAUGAUGAACGAAAUUAUAAAGAAGUGCCUUUGGUUCAUAACAGAGAUCUUACUCAUAGAAAAGAUCAACAACCUGAUAAACCCUCAAUUAACUUUCCUCAAAAGAGCAGUGUUUCUGUAAGAAAUAAUACAUACCAAUAUUUCAUGCAUGACAAGAUAUUUAUAAGGAAUUUCUUAAAACUGAAAAAUAACUUAAGCAGUGGUGGAGACAAAUACAUAAAAUGUUUGGAAAAUAGAAUUGGAUUAAGUUUGCUGGCACACCAUGCUGACCUGCAGAGAUCUCAAACUAAGGAGAUAAUUAAUGGAUGCAGUAAAGUUGAGAAGUCUAUCAACAAUGGUUCCUCAGUUUCAUCAUUUCAAAGAAUUCUUCCUACUGUCAAAAGCUUUUGUAAUAAAUAUAGGAAGAUUUUAAAAUAUCCUUUGUUAUCUACACAAUACAAGAGAAUACACACUACAGAAAAAUCUUACAAAUGUAAUGACUGUGGCAAGGCUUUUACCAAAAGCUCACACCUCAUGAAUCAUGCGAUAAUUCAUUCUGGACAGAGACCCUAUAAAUGUAAUGAGUGUGGUAAGGACUUUAAGUUGCAUUCACAUCUUACUCAACAUAAGAAAAGCCAUACUGGAGAGAGACCUUACAAAUGUAAUGUGUGUGACAAAGCUUUUAUCCAAAGUUCAAGCCUUAUGAAACAUCAGAGAAUUCAUACAGGAGAAAAACCUUAUAAGUGUAAUAAAUGUGGUAAGGCUUUUAUCCAACAUUCACACCUUAAAAGUCAUGACAGAACUCAUACUGGAGAGAAACCUUAUAAAUGCAAUGAGUGUGGCAAAUCUUUUACCCAAUUUACAAAUCUUACUGCACAUCAGAAAAUACAUACCGGAGAGAAACCACACAAAUGUAAUAUGUGUAGCAAAGCUUUUAUCCAAAGAUCAAGCCUUAUGGAACAUCAGAGAAUUCAUACAGGAGAAAAACCUUAUAAAUGUAAUAAAUGUGAUAAGGCGUUUAUUGCACGUUCACACCUUUGUAGUCAUGAGAGAACUCAUACUGGAGAGAAACCUAACAAAUGUAAUGAGUGUUGCAAAGCCUUUAAAGACCGUUCUCUUCUUAUUAAACAUAUGAGAAUCCAUACUGGAGAAAAACCUUACAAAUGUAAUGAGUGUGGCAAAGCUUUUACCCAAUUGGUACACCUUACUAUGCAUCAGAAAAUACAUAGUGGAGAGAAACCGCACAAAUGUAAUGUUUGUGGCAAGGCUUUUAUCCAAAGUUCAGGCUUUGCAGAACAUCAGAGAAUACAUACAGGAGAAAAACCUUACAAAUGCAAUGAAUGUGGCAAGGUUUUUCGUCACAAUUCACACCUUGUACGUCAUUGGAGAAUUCAUACUGGAGAAAAACCUUACAAAUGUAAUGAGUGUGGUUUAGCCUUUAUAGAGCAUUCAAAUCUUACUCAACAUAAGAAAUUCCAUACUGGAGAAAAACCUUACAAAUGUAAUGAGUGUGGCAAAGGCUUUACAGAGCAUUCACAUCUUAAUAAACAUGAGAGAAUCCAUACUGGAGAGAAACCUUACAAAUGUAGUGAGUGUGGCAAAGCUUUUACCCAAUUUGCAAACCUUACUAGGCAUCAGAAAAUACAUUCUGAAUAGAAACAUUAUAAACCUAAUAUAUGUUUCAAUGCUUUUAU